AACGAUAUUGCCGUUUGUCAGUCGUAUUUGGCGCACUGUAGGAGUAGUCGUAUGCUAGCCGACGGCGUUUACUCGUAAACUAUCGAUAAAAAGACGUAUUGUGAUGUUACCUAGUAUGUAAAAAGUGUUUAUAUAAACGCGUGAUAUUAUUGUGUUAAAUCAUGUCCCUUCCGGGUUCAUUUUUAUUUUCAUACUAUGUGGAGAGCUUUUUGGGCUCUCCACGACCGCUGGUGGAUUGGUCAGGGGUGCCAACCAUCAUCCUGGUGGUCUUGGCACUCGUGAUGGCAGCUACAGCAAUGAUGGUACGUCCAGGGGAUGCCAAGAGGCCCAUUCGGCUUCCAGGGCCACCAGCUCUACCGAUUAUUGGGACCAGGUGGCUGUUCUGGAGUCGGUAUAAGUUAAACAAACUCCACGAGGCAUACGAAGAUAUGUUCAGGCGAUACGGGCUGGUGUUCGUGGAGAUCACGCCAGGGGGCGCCCCUAUAGUGUCAAUAGCGGAACGGGGUGCCUUGGAGGCAGUAUUGAGGACACCGUCUAAGAGACCUUAUCGACCUCCCACGGAAAUUGUCCAGGUGUACCGCCGCAGCCGUCCCGACAGAUACGCGUCAACCGGACUUGUCAAUGAGCAAGGGGACAAAUGGCAUCACUUACGGCGACAUCUGACAUCGGAUCUGACCAGUCCACAAACCAUGCAAAACUUCAUUCCACAGUUGAACAAUAUUUGUGAUGACUUCCUAAUUCUCUUGAAGAACUGCAGGCGACCUGAUGGUACCGUCCUUGGCUUCGAUCAUCUUACGAAUAGAAUGGGCUUGGAAUCCGUUUGUGGAUUAAUGCUGGGUGCAAGAUUGGGUUUUCUGGAGCGGUGUAUGUCUGGCCGUGCUGCUACUUUGGCGACUGCUGUUAAAGCCCAUUUUAGGGCUCAAAGGGAUUCGUACUAUGGCGCCCCAUUAUGGAAGUUCGCACCCACUACGUUAUACAAGUCAUUUGUGAAAAGUGAGGAUACUAUUCAUACGAUAGUAUCAGAUCUAAUGGAGGAAGCGAAAUCACGGUCCCGCGGCGCGGCGCAAGACGACGGCAUGCAAGAGAUCUUCCUCAAGAUAUUGGCUAACCCUGAACUAGACAUGAGGGACAAAAAAGCCGCAGUCAUCGAUUUUAUCACGGCUGGCAUUGAGACAUUGGCAAACAGUUUAGUAUUCCUCCUAUAUUUAUUAAGUGGAAGACCAGACUGGCAACAAAAAAUUAGAUCCGAGUUGCCAUCUUGCGGAGACCUCCGUAUCGAACAAUUGUCAUCAGCGCCAUCUAUCAAAGCAGCAACAAACGAAGCAUUUCGCGUCCUGCCCACUGUACCAUUUUUGGCUCGCCUUCUAGAACAACCAAUGAAUAUUGCUGGCCACAAUUUUCCCGCUGGUACUUUUGUCUUGGCGCACACGGUGACAGCCUGCAAACGUGAAGAGAACUUCUGGCGUGCCAGUGAGUAUCUGCCAGAACGUUGGAUAGACGUUCGAGAACCCCAUGCUGCAUCACUUGUCGCGCCGUUUGGUCGUGGCAAGCGCAUGUGUCCGGGAAAGCGAUUUGUUGAAAUGGAGCUGCAUCUUUUGGUUGCCAAGAUAAUACAGCAAUGGCGUGUGGAAUUCGACGGCGAACUUGAUGUCCAAUUCGAUUUUCUUUUAUCACCAAAGUCCCCCGUAUCCUUACGAUUAGUCGAAUGGUAGAACAUUCCACCACAACUUUACGCUUAAGCUUGAACUGAUAGCUUUAAGGAUUCCGAAUACUAACAUGUUAAUUAAGGAGUUCCUUUGUUAUUUGUGUUGUUGAAAAGGACAGAAAAUUUUGCAUAACGUUUGAGUAAGGCUGAUAGAUUUAUAAGUAUUUUUAAUAGCUCAUUAUCUCCAAACUUAGGUAACUUGGACCAAACGCGAUAUAAUCGAAUAAGUUUUGAAACACUUGAAACGCUGACAAACUUUGAAACUAUAUUAGUUACAUAAUUAAUAGGCUGAAACAGAAACUAUAUAAUUAAGAAAAACUGCUAAUAGCUAUUGAAGAAAUGUUAGCGAUAUACUCGCAUAGUUAGUAAGCAUGUUCGCAUUAGAACCCUAUUAAAAUAUAACAUUACAACAUUUAAACAUGGGGGCUUAGUCAAGAUAACAGUAUUUAGAAAGUCGAAAACUAAAUUUGUAUGAAAAUUACAGUUUAAUCGUUACUUGACUCUUUGUUUGGCGACAGAGAAUCAAGUUCACGAUAAGAUUUUUGUUCAGGUCACUCGGUGUCGCGUCUCGCUUGCUUGCAAAGUAUU